AUGAGCAACAAUUAUAAUAAUACUAGAACACAACCAUCCUACUCCACACCAGCAAAGGAUGAGAUGGGUAAAACAUCAUCACUCACUACUCCCAUACAUUCUCAUCUUGGAGUUCCAACUCCCCUGAAGACAACCCCACCAAAUACAACCGUAUCGGCAACACCGACGAGUAGUGCUCUCAGAGGAACAACAACAGGUACUUUGAGAGACCCUCAGGAAACAGUCUUCUAUGGACACGAUCAUGGCACUCUUCAUUCUUCGUACGGUCAGCAGCCGCAGCAACAGAGUUUUUAUCCAUACAGCCCAAGCACCGCUCUCAAUGUUAAUUCUCUUCCCUACUCCAACACCACCUCCAACUUUUCAAACCCUGCCACAACCAGCAACAGCGCUGUCCUUCCAUCAUCAUCCAUGAUUUUCCCACAAUCGACCAGUUCCUUCUCUCUUCCUUCUGUAAAUUACAAUCCAACCUCGAAUAAUCCAAGCAACGUAGCAUCAAUGAGUAAUAGUCGUGCAAGGGUACAAGGAACAACAACACCCACUUCUAAUUUUCAACAACUCUACUCCUCUGCUCAUCGUUCAAAUUUGACAUCAACAGCCGGCACAUCAGCAAUGGGAUAUAAUAGCCGCAGUCCAGGAACAAUUGCAAACACUAUUGUAAAUGAUCCAUCGAUUGCAUACAUUCGUCAACCACAAUUUAUUCAACAGGUUCCCGAAGGCUCGGGCUCAUAUCUAGAACCACAAAUAUUGCCUGUUAGAGGAGAGCAACAACCAGUUCAAUUGUUGACAACAUCGAAGGCCCAACGGGACGGCGGAUUACAAUAUGGCUACGAACAAUACUUGCCAACGACCACCACUGGUUCGAGCUCUCAAUUGCAUCCAACAACAAGUCAACACUAUCAACCACGUCCAACAAGUAGCUUGAGCAAUCAAAUACCAACAUCAUCUGGUAGUCCUCAGGGAGGAAACGUAAUGCAACCAAACUAUAACACAUAUGGUACUACUACUUCCAAUUAUUAUCAACAAUAUGGAAACAUGACAGGCUAUCCAUCCACACAUAAUAAUUCAAAAACAGCCUCACUUUCGAGAACAAACAGUACACAAAUGAUACCUGGAUCUUCGUUGAAUUGCCCAAUCAUUGUCACAGAUGAUCAUGGUCAGCAGUAUAUGCAACGGCAAAAUCCAAUGUCCCAAAAUUAUAUUCAAAAUAUGAACGCACGAAGUUAUUCACCAGCAAUUUAUAGUGGAGGGCAUCAAGCACAACAUUAUACAUCCUAUGCUCAACCCCAAACUAGUCAAUAUAUUGUUACAACCUCAACACCUCCUCAAAUGCCACCACCUCAAAAUCACAUCGCUACUGUAUCCCAAAAUCAACCAUCGACAUCAAACAGCAAUUAUCCUGUCGGAUUGUUAGUUGGUUCGAAAUAUAGACUUAUGAAUAAGAUUGGAAAUGGAGCUUUUGGUGAAGUCUUUCUUGCUCAAAAUACCGACCAAUCACAAGAUUUUUAUGCAGUCAAGCUAGAGACAAUACCGACACCACAAAGCGGACAAAAUAAUGGUGGAAAGCAACAACUAAUUUUUGAAGCAAAGGUUCUAUCAUACCUUUUCAAUGCACCUCCAAAUCCGAAUAGUACAAAUAACAAUAGCAACACUCAGCAAAACCAACCCGCUGUGGGAAUACCUCGCGUGAUCUGGUAUGGAACUGAGGGUUCAUUCAAUAUUAUGGUAAUGGAACUUCUUGGACAAAGCUUGGAGAGCUUAUUCAAGAAAUGCAAUCGCAAAUUCUCCUUAAAAACAGUUUUAAUGUUGGCAGAUCAAAUGCUUCAAAGGAUCGAAUUCACUCACAGGAGAAACUUUGUACAUCGUGACAUCAAACCAGACAACUUUUUGAUGGGUAGAAAGGGCUCGAAUAUGCUACAGUUACUCAAUGGAACAUCGUAUCAGUCAUCAUCUACAAGUAGUCAUCUAAACUCGGAGAAUACCGUUUAUCUCAUCGAUUUUGGUUUAUCAAAAAUGUACUACUCUGAGAAGGGACACAUUCCACUCAGAAAAGACAAGCACCUGACAGGAACAGCUCGUUAUGCAAGCUUGAAUAAUCAUAAGGGUUAUGAACAGUCAAGACGAGACGAUCUAGAAUCCCUUGGCUAUGUCUUGCUUUACUUUUUGAAAGGCGCAUUGCCAUGGCAAGGACUUACAGGAAACACCAAAGAAGAUCACUACAAUAAUAUCUAUCACAAGAAGAAAAAUAUCAAAAUUGUUUCUCUAUGCAAAGGUUUUCCAGUUGAGUUUGCAACGUACCUCAACUAUGCACGUAGCUUGAAGUUUUAUCAAGAGCCUGACUAUCUCUAUCUGCGGAAUUUAUUCUUAAACUUGUUCAUUAGAGAGAAGUUCUCCUUAGAUUAUGAAUGGGACUGGAUUGUGCAAGAUCGAAAGAAUGAACGUCAAAAAUAA